AUGGAUGGAGCUAGGCUUUUGUCAAGCAUGACAAGCUGGAGGUGCCCACAGUCUAAUAGGCAGAUGCGGAAACGCGAAGUUGGCUCAAGCGUGUGCCUGAGGAGUUCUCGUUACAACGAGAGUGCAUCCUACUCCCUGACACUCCAGAGGACUCCUCGCACCUUCAUAGGAUAUCUUAAAGACUUUAUCCAAUCAGCCAACGUGCUAUGUCACGCCCUAAUGCUUUUCUGCUGCCUGGCAUUCCUUAUAAGCGAGUGCCUUGGCCAGGGUACCACAAGUGUGGAAACCGUAUGCUCUAAUGGGACUUCGGGAUGUACGCAGAGGCUUAUAAUUGACGUUGAUGUUGAAAACCAAGAUAAGCUACAGUUCCAAUGGGAAGCUGGGGAUAUCAACGGCCGGUCACCUCAAAAAAGCGAUGCAGGAAACGCGGGGGUUGUCAUUACAGUGCAAAAGACAGCCGUAUCUUACUCGUACAGCCUCAGCUACAUUAAGGCAGUUCCAUUUAACUGGGUCGAGUAUGCCCACCGCGCUCUUUUAUGGCAGGUCAAGGAUGGCGGAGAGGCCUUCUGCUCCGAUGCAUGGGGAUCCAAAUGCCACGAUGAGCAUGGAGACAGCGGCUACCCCAUAAGCCCCAAUACGGGCCUUCCACUAGACGGCGCUCAAGGAAAGUGCUGCUGGUGCCCAUCCGUGUGGCAUCUUUGGCUUAAAAAUCCAAAUCGUGGUAGGGAGCCCAUGCUAAAGUGCAACUUUUGGGGAUUGCGCUUUGGCAAGAUCCCAGAUCCAUACCUUACAAAGUUCUGCCCUGUGGUCGAAUAUCCAUGGUAUCGGAUGCUGAGAGUUAGUAAUGCAAGAACGUGGUUUUUCAAGGUGCAUAUCGGAGUAUCUUGGUGGAGUCCUCCCACACCCUUGAGCCUCUCGGAUGAUGAAUACAAGGCUCAGUGUCAAAAGAAAAUUGCAGAGGGAAGCUAUCCCCCAAAUUUUGACUGUUCUGUUCGGCUGCACACGGAAGCUGGCAUGGCUGACGUCAUUCUCGAACUCUCAGACACCACACCGGUUGCUAGAGAUACAAUCUUUGAUGUCACAGCUCGCCUUAUCAGUUCAGACAUCCCAGAAACACCUGAACCAAAUGUGAAGGGUAAGUAUGUUUUCGUGCCAACUGCUCCCUCGACCAAUGCCUGGGUCCAAGAAUCACUCAUUACAGAAGGGUGCUCCGAUUCGGAUGACCUUGCCAACUGGGGGGUGAGUGAAGAGGAAAAUCCUGACCUGGCAAGACUUUGCAAGUCAGGCUCGCCGUUCUGCAAUCCGAAGAGCUGCCUGAGACACGUGCUGGUCCUCGAUGAGCAAAAUGUCAGCGUGGAUGGCAGCCAGUGCGACCUACCAGGCGUUUCGUUGCAGCAAUGGGGAAGAGAUGGCUUUUGUGACUAUGCACCUGGAUCGUGUUUUGCGAAAAAUCUCAAUUGGUUUCACGCAUACAAUGAAGCAGCAACACAAGCUGGCAGGGACCCCCUCUAUGCUCUGACAUAUCCAGUCGGCCAUUACCCUCGGUACUAUGGUGGUCUCAACAACACCGAUGACGCAAUAGACACUUCUAAAGCUGGAUCCUUUGAACUGCAGCGCCUGGCUUUCUCUUAUCCGAGCAGUCACAAAAGCCGAGUGCGCAUUGAAAUGAAUGCUGGUUUGAUCCGCUGGAUUCAGUCAACUGCCCCAGGUCAAAUAAUUAGCAUAGCUCCUCCAGCUGCACGGGAGUGCGAUAACGCGCAAAUCUUUGGGUGUCCACUAAAGGUUUAUGUGCUUAAUUCAGGUUCUGUCGAUGCAACAUAUUAUUUGGAGCUACCAUAUUGUACAGAGCAUGGCACCAACGAGCCAACAGACAAAUUGGACCCUGUACCAGCUGUGAAGCGGAGUAUUCCAGCUGGCACUACCCAGGCGUUCGACCUGACUCUCCGUCUCGUUGCUGUUGUCCAGGAAUUUGAUUUCAACUGUAUAAUGAAGCUAUAUGACUCAGAGCUCAACCAACUUGACAUACGAACAUUUGAUCUUCUUACGGGGCGAGCACAGGACUUGCCGGCUGCGGUCACAAAUCCGACAGGGGAGGUUACUGUUGUUGAGCCACCACCUGACACAAGGAAUUGGUACCAGAAAUUAAUGAAUGUCGUUCCCAACGAUGGAGAAUGUGACUGUUCCUUUUGGAACAUCUUAUGCCUCCCUGCUGAUUGGAACGACUGUUGGGGUACGCUGAAGAAAACAUUGAAGAUCAUUCUUCUUGUUGGGAUAUCGAUUGUGGCACUGGUCCUCUUAUGGCCGGUUGCAAAACCGCUAGUAAAAGUUUUUUGCAAGUGCAUCGCAUUUCCUUUCAAAUGCAUGCGAUCGGUAGGGCGGCAUAGUUCGAGGAGGAAGACUGCAAGGAAGCAAAUCAAGAAGGAGGCCAAAAAGAUAGCAAAGGAACACCAAGGGGCUAAUUUGAAGGCACCGAGAGCUAUGAACAGUUUAUCGCCUUCUUCCAGCAGGGAUUCUGGAGCAGCAGAUAUAUACAUGAGAGCCACAGCAGGAAUGAACAGCCAAGCUACUCACUCGAGUGCUGGAUAUCUAGCAACAAGUGGUUCUAGUGGCAGCAGACUCACCCCAAACAGCGAAUAUGAAGAUACACGAAGUGGCAACGAACAAAAAGGCACUUAA